CCUUUCCCUCUCUCAGGACAGGGACUGAAGAACCAUGAGGACAGUCAGCAUGCAGCUUGAAUGGGUGAUACCAUGGCUCAGCCUUUGCUUUGGACUAUCAGCAGCCACCAGUGCCAUGGUUCAGACGAUGGGCAACAUGCCAGUAAUUACAGAAGUGAGAUCUUCUCACAAUAGCCAGUUCUGCAGCACAUGGGGAAACCACCAUUUUAAGACCUUUGAUGGAAAGUUCUUCAGUCUUCCCUCCACUUGCACCUACAUGUUUGUAUCCCAGUGUAAGGCCAUCUAUAACAGUUUCAACAUUCAGCUCCAACGACAGGAGAUAAAUGGUGUUACCACCAUUCAGAAAGUCAUGAUGAAACUGGAUGGCGAAAAUGUGGAAUUAGCCAAUACAGCCAUCAAAGUCAACGAUGCAGUUGUCCAAGUUCCCUUCAGCCGAGGUGGCUUUUCAAUAGAAAAAACUGCAUUUUAUGUUAAAAUUCAAGCAAGGCUGGGAUUGGUCUUAAUGUGGAAUCAAGAAGACUCUCUCUGGGUCGAGUUGGAUGCAAAAUUCAAGAAUCAAACCUGUGGCCUGUGUGGUGACUUCAAUGAAGUGAUCCAUGAUGAGUUCACCAUGGCAGAAACAAUGAUUCCUUUAAGUGCUGAAGAUUAUGGUGACCUGUGGAAAAUCAAAGGUCUGUCUGACGAUUGUGAGAAAGAGUCCCCUCAAGCCACACAGACAUGUGAUGUUCAGGAAAACAUCUGUGAGAAACUGCUGAAUAGAGCUGCAUUUGACAGCUGUAAAGGGCUGAUUGACACUGAGUCCUUCAUGACAGCCUGUAAGAGAGACCUGUGCUUGUGUAACAGCAAGAAUACGUCUUGCCUGUGUUCAACCAUGUCAGAAUACUCCCGUCAGUGUGCUCAUUUAGGCGGGAAACCAAAGCAGUGGGCAUCAGCAAAAAUCUGUGGAAAUGAAUGCCCCUUCAAUAUGGAGUAUCAGGAAUGUGGUAGCCCCUGUAAAGACACUUGUAGAAACCAGAGGAGAAGCGAAGUCUGUGAUACGCACUGCAUUGAUGGAUGUUUCUGUCCAUCUGGGACUGUCUUUGAUGAUGUCACACAUACUGGGUGUGUCACUGUUGACAAGUGCAGCUGCAUGCAUAAUGGCCUAACAUACAAACCUGGAGAAUCCUACUCAGGGCCAUGCAAAGAAUGCACCUGCGCUCAGGGUAAAUGGAGCUGUGAUAAUAAAGACUGUCCUGGUGUCUGCUCCAUCCUGGGUGGCUCUCACAUCUCCACCUAUGAUUAUAAAAAGUAUUCCUUCCACGGAGAAUGUUCUUAUGUUCUCACAAAGGAAAUAAAUGGGAAUUUCAGUGUUCUUGUUGACUUGAGCAAAUGUGAAAAAUCUGAUAUCUCAACUUGCCUGGCUUCAGUCACUCUAAUACUGCCAAAUCAUGUGGUGAUUGUAAUUGAAGCCAGUGGGAAGGUCAUGUAUAACAGCUUGGUCUCUCAGCUUCCUCUCUUCAUGGAUGGCAUCACAAUUUUCCACCCAUCUACUUUCUUUAUUGGAAUCCACACCACCUACGGGAUUGAUCUUGAGAUUCAGCUCACACCUGUUAUGCAGGUCUACAUCAAAGCCAGUGUUUCUAACAAGGGAAAACUCAUCGGUCUUUGUGGAGAUUUUGAUGACGAUGGAUCAAAUGACUUCAGAACAAUGAGUGGAAUGAUUGAAGGAACACCUUGGACAUUUGCCAGCGCAUGGAAGACCAAAGCAAUCUGCCCUGAUGUGAAAAACAUACUUGAUGACCCCUGCAGUUUGAGUACAGAAAAAGAGAAAUAUGCCAAACACUGGUGCUCCCAGCUGUCAGACCCAAAAGGGUUUUUUUCACCGUGUCAUUCUGAUGUACACCCAAAAGUCUAUGAAAGCAAUUGUGUUUAUGACACCUGUGCCUGUGAAAAAAGUGAGGACUGCAUGUGUGCUGCUUUAUCCUCCUAUGUUCAUGCAUGUGCUGUUGAAGGUGUCCUGUUGACUGGAUGGAGGAACAGCACAUGCCAUAAAUAUACAACUGACUGCCCUCCUACUUUUGUGUAUGACUACCAAAUGACAAGCUGUGGUCGCACCUGUCGCUCUCUUAGUCAGUCAGAUUUAACAUGUGGGGCCGACUUUACCCCACUUGAUGGCUGUGGCUGUGCUGAAGGAACUUAUCUAAAUGAGAAAGGCGAGUGUGUAUCACCCUCAGAAUGCUCCUGUCAUACUGAAGACACAGUGGUUCGAUCCGGUCACGUCAUUACGCUCCGUAAUGGACAAAUUUGCUCCUGCAAUGGUGGGCAAUUAAGCUGUACAGGAAGCAAAAUAGUUGAAUCAUGCACAAGCCCGAUGGUUUUCUUCGACUGCUCAAAUGCACAGCCAGGUGAAAAGGGAUCUGCAUGCCAAAACAGCUGCCAGAUACUGAACACAGAAUGUGUCAGCACACACUGUGUGUCAGGAUGUGUUUGUCCUGAUGGCCUGCUGUCAGAUGGUAAUGGAGGCUGUGUAAAGAAGGAGGACUGUCCCUGCCCAUAUAAUGGGGAGUUUUAUAAACAUGGAGAAUCUGUUAAAGUGGACUGCAAUACAUGCACAUGCAAGAGGAGCAUUUGGGAAUGUACAGAUCAGGACUGUGGUGGAACCUGUACUAUAUAUGGAGAAGGGAAUUACAUCACUUUUGAUGAAAAGAGAUUUGCGUUUCAUGGGGACUGUAGCUACAUCUUUGUCCAGGAUUACUGUGGAGAUGAUGUGAACGGCACCUUCAAGGUGCUGAUUGAGAGCAUCCCCUGUGAAAAUGCUGAAACUGUCUGCUCCUUUGAAAUCAAGCUCUACUUGGGGAACAAUGAAAUUCGUCUCUCAGAUGAAACUAUCAAAGUUAUCAAACAAACCAGUGGGGAGGAAAUACCUUAUCAGGUCCACACUGUGGGUCUGUAUUUAGUCAUUGAAGCAAAGAACGGCCUCAUUGUAAUUUGGAAUAAGAGGACAACCCUCAUGAUCAAACUGGCAUCUACAUUCAAAGGCAAAGUCUGCGGUCUGUGUGGCAAUUAUGAUGGAAAUAUUAGGAAUGAUUUCACCACCAGAAAUAAAGAAGUUGUGGUUGAUCCCAUUGUGUUUGGAAACAGCUGGCAAGUGUCACCUACCUGUCCAAGUGCACAAACUCCAAAAGAUGCCUGUACACUAUACUCACACAGGCAGGCAUGGGCAGUGAAACACUGCAGCAUUAUCAAGAGUACAGUGUUUGCUAGCUGCCAAUCAAAGGUGGAUCCCCAACUCUAUUUUGAUGCCUGUGUGAAAGACACGUGUGCCUGCAAUGCAGGAGGAGAUUGUGAGUGUUUCUGUUCAGCUGUAGCAGCCUAUGCAGCAGCCUGUAAUGAGGCAGGAGUCUGCGUGAAAUGGAGAACUCCCACCAUCUGCCCUGUAUUCUGUGAUUAUUACAACCCUGAUGGAGAGUGUGAAUGGCAUUAUAAGCCUUGUGGAAGAUCAUGCAUACCAACAUGCAGAAAUCCCUCAGGAAAAUGCUACAAUCAUCUUCCAGCAUUAGAAGGUUGCUAUCCAACCUGCCCACCAGACCGACCUUAUUUGGAAGACGUUACCAUGAAAUGUGUGCCAGUGACAGGAUGUGGCUGCUAUGAUGAUGAAGAGAAUCAUUAUAAUGAAGGAGAAUCCAUGCCUUCAAAUCAAGACUGUUACAGCUGUUCCUGUUCUUCAACGAAGAGGGACUGCAAGUAUGAUGCCAAAGCUUGCCCUUGUUUCUUCAAUGGUCAGAAGUACAAAUUUGGAGAAACGAUCUAUGACACACAUGAUGGAGAUGGAUCCUGCAUGACUAUUUGUGGAGAAAAUGGAAUUAUUAACGCUUGCACUACUACUACAACCACUACAACACCUCCCACAUACACCACUUUUGAUUGUAAGUGGUCAUCCUGGAUUAACCAGAAUUAUCCUGGUAGUGAGCCAGAUGAUGGAGAUCAUGAAUCCCUUGCUAACAUUACUAUUCAGGACUUAGGUGAAUGCAUAAAACCCUUGCACAUACAAUGUAGAGCUAAAGACUUUCCAGAUACACCUUUGAAGAACUUAAACCAGCAGGUAACAUGCAACCCUCAAGAUGGACUGAUCUGUCAUAACAAAGACCAAUACUUUCCUCCUAAAUGUUAUGACUAUGAAAUACGUGUUUUCUGUUGCCCUGAUGAUUGUGAUAUUGCAACCCCUACAACACCUCCCCCAAAAACCACUACAACACCUCACCCAACAACGACAACAACACCUCACACAUACACCACUACAACUCCUCCCACAACAACCACUACAACACCUCACCCAACAACCACUACAACACCUCACACAUACACCACUACAACACCUCCCACAACCACCACUACAACACCUCACACAACAACCACUACAACACCUCCUUCAACGACCACUACAACACCUCCCCCAACAACCACUACAACACCUCACCCAACAACGACAACUCCUCCCUCAUCAACCACUACAACACCUCACACAACAACCACUACAACACCUCACCCAACAACCACUACAACACCUCACACAUACACCACCACUACUCCUCCCCCAUCAACCACGACAAGGCCUCCCACAACCACCACGACAAGGCCUCCCACAACCACCACUACAACACCUCACACAACAACCCCUACAACACCUCCCCCAACAACCACUACAACACCUCACCCAACAACGACAACAACACCUCACACAUACACCACUACAACUCCUCCCACAACAACCACUACAACAACUCACCCAACAACGACAACUCCUCCCUCAUCAACCACUACAACACCUCACACAACAACCACUACAACACCUCACCCAACAACCACUACAACACCUCACACAUACACCACUACUACUCCUCCCCCAUCAACUACUUCAACACCUCCCCCAUCAACCACGACAAGUCCUCCCACAACCACCACUACAACACCUCACACAACAACCACUACAACACCUCCUUCAACGACCACUACAACACCUCCCCCAACAACCACUACAACACCUCACCCAACAACGACAACUCCUCCCUCAUCAACCACUACAACACCUCCCACAACAACCACUACAACACCUCACCCAACAACCACUACAACACCUCACACAUACACCACCACUACUCCUCCCCCAUCAACCACGACAAGGCCUCCCACAACCACCACGACAAGGCCUCCCACAACCACCACUACAACACCUCACACAACAACCACUACAACACCUCACCCAACAACGACAACUCCUCCCUCAUCAACCACUACAACACCUCACACAACAACCACUACAACACCUCACACAUACACCACUACAACUCCUCCCCCAUCAACCACGACAACGCCUCCCACAACCACCACUACAACACCUCACCCAACAACGACCACUACAACACCUCACCCAACAACCACUACAACACCUCACACAACAACCACUACAACUCCUCCCACAACAACCACUACAACACCUCACCCAACAACGACAACAACACCUCACACAUACACCACUACAACUCCUCCCACAACCACCACUACAACACCUCACACAACAACCACUACAACACCUCCAUCAACAACCACUACAACACCUCACCCAACAACGACAACAACUCCUCACACAACAACCACUACAACACCUCCCCCAACAACCACUACAACACCUCACCCAACAACGACAACAACUCCUCACACAUACACCACUACAACACCUCCCACAACAACCACUACAACACCUCACCCAACAACCACUACAACACCUCACACAUACACCACUACAACUCCUCCCACAACAACCACUACAACACCUCACCCAACAACGACAACUCCUCCCUCAUCAAGCACUACAACACCUCACCCAACAACGACAACAACACCUCACACAUACACCACUACAACUCCUCCCACAACCACCACUACAACACCUCACACAACAACCACUACAACACCUCCUUCAACAACCACUACAACACCUCACCCAACAACGACAACAACUCCUCACACAACAACCACUACAACUCCUCCCCCAUCAACCACUACAACACCUCACCCAACAACGACAACAACACCUCACACAUACACCACUACAACUCCUCCCAAAACAACCACUACAACACCUCACACAACAACCACUACAACACCUCCUUCAACAACCACUACAACACCUCACCCAACAACGACAACAACUCCUCACACAACAACCACUACAACACCUCCCCCAACCACCACUACAACACCUCCCACAACAACCACUACAACACCUCACCCAACAACCACUACAACACCUCACACAUACACCACUACAACUCCUCCCACAACAACCACUACAACACCUCACCCAUACAACGACAACUCCUCCUCAUCAAGCACUACAACACCUCACCCAACAACGACAACAACACCUCACACAUACACCACUACAACUCCUCCCACAACAACCACUACAACACCUCCCCCAACAACCACUACAACACCUCACCCAACAACGACAACAACACCUCACACAUACACCACUACAACACCUCCCACAACAACCACUACAACACCUCACCCAACAACGACAACUCCUCCCUCAUCAAGCACUACAACACCUCACCCAACAACGACAACAACACCUCACACAUACACCACUACAACUCCUCCCACAACAACCACUACAACACCUCACCCAACAACCACGACAACACCUCACACAUACACCACUACAACACCGCACACAACAACCACUACAACACCUCCCACAACAACCACUACAACACCUCACCCAACAACCACUACAACACCUCACACAUACACCACGACAACACCUCCCACAACAACCACUACAACACCUCACACAACAACCACUACAACACCUCACACAUACACCACUACAACUCCUCCCACAACCACCACUACAACACCUCACACAACAACCACUACAACACCUCCUUCAACAACCACUACAACACCUCACCCAACAACGACAACAACUCCUCACACAACAACCACUACAACACCUCCCCCAACAACCACUACAACACCUCACCCAACAACGACAACAACUCCUCACACAUACACCACUACAACACCUCCCACAACAACCACUACAACACCUCACCCAACAACCACUACAACACCUCACACAUACACCACUACAACUCCUCCCACAACAACCCCAACACAUAUCUGCUUUGAUUGUAAGUGGUCAUCCUGGAUUAACCAGAAUUAUCCUGGUAGUGAGCCAGAUGAUGGAGAUCAUGAAUCCCUUGCUAACAUUACUGUUCAGGACUUAGGUGAAUGCAUAAAACCCUUGCACAUACAAUGUAGAGCUAAAGACUUUCCAGAUAUACCUUUGAAGAACUUAAACCAGCAGGUAACAUGCAACCCUCAAGAUGGACUGAUCUGUCAUAACAAAGACCAAUACUUUCUUCCUAAAUGUUAUGACUAUGAAAUACGUGUUUUCUGUUGCCCUGAUGAUUGUGAUAUUGCAACCCCUACAACACCUCCCCCAACAACCACUACAACACCUCACCCAACAACGACAACAACACCUCACACAUACACCACUACAACUCCUCCCACAACAACCACUACAACAACUCACCCAACAACGACAACUCCUCCCUCAUCAACCACUACAACACCUCACACAACAACCACUACAACACCUCACCCAACAACCACUACAACACCUCACACAUACACCACUACUACUCCUCCCCCAUCAACUACUUCAACACCUCCCCCAUCAACCACGACAAGUCCUCCCACAACCACCACUACAACACCUCACACAACAACCACUACAACACCUCCUUCAACGACCACUACAACACCUCCCCCAACAACCACUACAACACCUCACCCAACAACGACAACUCCUCCCUCAUCAACCACUACAACACCUCACACAACAACCACUACAACACCUCACCCAACAACCACUACAACACCUCACACAUACACCACCACUACUCCUCCCCCAUCAACCACGACAAGGCCUCCCACAACCACCACGACAAGGCCUCCCACAACCACCACUACAACACCUCACACAACAACCACUACAACACCUCACCCAACAACGACAACUCCUCCCUCAUCAACCACUACAACACCUCACACAACAACCACUACAACACCUCACACAUACACCACUACAACUCCUCCCCCAUCAACCACGACAACGCCUCCCACAACCACCACUACAACACCUCACCCAACAACGACCACUACAACACCUCACCCAACAACCACUACAACACCUCACACAACAACCACUACAACACCUCCCCCAACAACCACUACAACACCUCACCCAACAACGACAACAACACCUCACACAUACACCACUACAACUCCUCCCACAACCACCACUACAACACCUCACACAACAACCACUACAACACCUCCUUCAACAACCACUACAACACCUCACCCAACAACGACAACAACUCCUCACACAACAACCACUACAACACCUCCCCCAACAACCACUACAACACCUCACCCAACAACGACAACAACUCCUCACACAUACACCACUACAACACCUCCCACAACAACCACUACAACACCUCACCCAACAACCACUACAACACCUCACACAUACACCACUACAACUCCUCCCACAACAACCACUACAACACCUCACCCAACAACGACAACUCCUCCCUCAUCAAGCACUACAACACCUCACCCAACAACCACAACAACACCUCACACAUCCACCACUACAACACCUCCCACAACCACCACUACAACACCUCACACAACAACCACUACAACACCUCCUUCAACAACCACUACAACACCUCACCCAACAACGACAACAACUCCUCACACAACAACCACUACAACUCCUCCCCCAUCAACCACUACAACACCUCACCCAACAACGACAACAACACCUCACACAUACACCACUACAACUCCUCCCACAACCACCACUACAACACCUCACACAACAACCACUACAACACCUCCUUCAACAACCACUACAACACCUCACCCAACAACGACAACAACUCCUCACACAACAACCACUACAACACCUCCCCCAACAACCACUACAACACCUCACCCAACAACGACAACAACUCCUCACACAUACACCACUACAACACCUCCCACAACAACCACUACUCCUCCCACAACAACCACUACAACACCUCACCCAACAACGACAACUCCUCCCUCAUCAACCACUACAACACCUCACCCAACAACGACAACAACACCUCACACAUACACCACUACAACUCCUCCCACAACAACCACUACAAACACCUCCCACAACAACCACUACAACACCUCACCCAACAACGACAACAACACCUCACACAUACACCACUACAACACCUCCACAACAACCACUACAACACCUCACCCAACAACGACAACUCCUCCCUCAUCAAGUGAAUGCAUAAAACCCUUGCACAUACAAUGUAGAGCUAAAGACUUUCCAGAUAUACCUUUGAAGAACUUAAACCAGCAGACAACACCUCCCACAACAACCACUACAACACCUCACCCAACAACGACAACUCCUCCCUCAUCAAGCACUACAACACCUCACCCAACAACGACAACAACACCUCACACAUACACCACUACAACUCCUCCCACAACAACCACUACAACACCUCCCCCAACAACCACUACAACACCUCACCCAACAACAACAACAACUCCUCACACAACAACCCCUAUAACACCUCCCACAACAACCACUACAACACCUCACCCAACAACGACAACAACACCUCACACAUACACCACUACAACACCUCCCACAACAACCACUACAACACCUCACCCAACAACCACUAUAACACCUCACACAUACACCACUACAACUCCUCCCACAACAACCACUACAACAACUCACCCAACAACGACAACUCCUCCCUCAUCAACCACUACAACACCUCACACAACAACCACUACAACACCUCACCCAACAACCACUACAACACCUCACACAUACACCACUACUACUCCUCCCCCAUCAACUACUUCAACACCUCCCCCAUCAACCACGACAAGUCCUCCCACAACCACCACUACAACACCUCACACAACAACCACUACAACACCUCCUUCAACGACCACUACAACACCUCCCCCAACAACCACUACAACACCUCACCCAACAACGACAACUCCUCCCUCAUCAACCACUACAACACCUCACACAACAACCACUACAACACCUCACCCAACAACCACUACAACACCUCACACAUACACCACCACUACUCCUCCCCCAUCAACCACGACAAGGCCUCCCACAACCACCACGACAAGGCCUCCCACAACCACCACUACAACACCUCACACAACAACCACUACAACACCUCACCCAACAACGACAACUCCUCCCUCAUCAACCACUACAACACCUCACACUACAACACCUCACACAUACACCACUACAACUCCUCCCCCAUCAACCACGACAACGCCUCCCACAACCACCACUACAACACCUCACCCAACAACGACCACUACAACACCUCACCCAACAACCACUACAACACCUCACACAACAACCACUACAACUCCUCCCCCAUCAACCACUACAACACCUCACCCAACAACGACAACAACACCUCACACAUACACCACUACAACUCCUCCCACAACCACCACUACAACACCUCACACAACAACCACUACAACACCUCCCUCAACAACCACUACAACACCUCACCCAACAACGACAACAACUCCUCACACAACAACCACUACAACACCUCCCCCAACAACCACUACAACACCUCACCCAACAACGACAACAACUCCUCACACAUACACCACUACAACACCUCCCACAACAACCACUACAACACCUCACCCAACAACCACUACAACACCUCACACAUACACCACUACAACUCCUCCCACAACAACCACUACAACACCUCACCCAACAACGACAACUCCUCCCUCAUCAAGCACUACAACACCUCACCCAACAACGACAACAACACCUCACACAUACACCACUACAACUCCUCCCACAACAACCACUACAACACCUCACCCAACAACCACUACAACACCUCACACAUACACCACUACAACACCUCACACAACAACCACUACAACACCUCCCACAACAACCACUACAACACCUCACCCAACAACCACUACAACACCUCACACAUACACCACUACAACACCUCCCACAACAACCACUACAACACCUCACCCAACAACGACAACUCCUCCCUCAUCAAGCACUACAACACCUCACCCAACAACGACAACAACACCUCACACAUACACCACUACAACUCCUCCCACAACAACCACUACAACACCUCACCCAACAACCACUACAACACCUCACACAUACACCACUACAACUCCUUCCACAACAACCACUACAACACCUCACCCAACAACGACAACUCCUCCCUCAUCAAGCACUACAACACCUCACACAACAACCACUACAACACCUCACACAUACACCACUACAACACCUCACACAUACACCACUACAACUCCUCCCCCGUCAACUACUUCAACACCUCCCCCAUCAACCACAACAACGCCUCCCACAACCACCACUACAACACCUCACACAACAACCACUACAACACCUACCCCAACAACCACUACAACCCCUCCCACAUACACCACUACAACUCCUCCCACAACAACCAUUACAACAACUUAUAGAACAACUUCUGGAGUCACUACAAACUCUUUCAUCACAACAAAUCCACCAACAGGACAACUUUGUCUUUGCACAUACCUGAAUAAAACAUUUUCUAGUGAUACGUUCAUGUACAAUUCGACUGAUGAAGAAGGCAGGUGUUACACUGCAUAUUGUAAUUCAAAAUGCGUUAUUGAAAACCACCCAUGUGCCACUAUUACUCCACCAACAGUCCCUCCAAUCCCUCCAGACUGCCUCUAUCUCACUCCACCUAGAAAGAAUGGUGAUUCCUGGAGCUCAAGCAAAUGCACCACACAAACGUGUAUAAAUGGCACAGUCAUCACAACAUAUCAGCAAUGUGCUUUUGCACCUCUACCUAAAUGUGAGAAUAAGCAGUCACCAGUUAAAGUUUAUGAUGAAACAGGCUGCUGUUUCCACUAUGAAUGCAAAUGUAUUUGUGGCGGCUGGGGAGAUCCUCAUUAUAUUACAUUUGAUGGACAGUAUUACAGCUUCCAGAAAAACUGCACAUAUGUCCUGGUUAAAGAGAUCAAAGCUCGAUACAAUUUUACAGUUCAUAUUGACAAUGUAAACUGUGAUGCCACUGGAACUGUGACCUGUGCUAAAGCCCUUAUUGUGUAUUACAAAAGCUAUGAAGUUAUUCUUACACAGGAGAGAGGAGCAAAGACUGUGAACAAGGUGUAUGUCAACGGUAAGCUGAAAGCCUCAAACUUCCAAAAUAAAGACAUGAUCAUCACAAGUACAGGAAUUCAGAUGCUCUUAAGAAUCCCAGAAAUUGAAGCUGAAGUGAUGUUCAAAGGGCUUUUAUUCAGCGUAGACUUGCCGAUGACUCGUUUCUACAACAACACAGAAGGACAGUGUGGUGUCUGUGACAAUAACACGAAAAAUGACUGCAGAAUGAAAAAUGGCCAGAUUAAUCCGUCAUGCCCUGACAUGGCCAAUGAUUGGCGUGUAUCUGUCAAAGAUAAGCCCUACUGUGAUGUUGUGCCUCCUUCAACACCACCACCGCCACCACCAAAACCGUGCAACACGACAAUUUGUGAAAUUCUGAACAGCAAGGUGUUUGAGGAAUGCCACAAAGUAAUCAAACCACAACCAUAUUAUGAAGCCUGUAAAUUUGAUGUUUGCCACAUGAAUUCCACCUUGGGUUGUUCCAGUAUAGAGGCAUAUGCCUCAAUGUGUGCUGGAGCAUUCAUCUGUGUACCCUGGAGGAAUGAAACCAAAGGACAGUGUGAAUAUAAAUGUCCAGAAAAUAAAGUCUACAAGCCUUGUGGGCCAACUGUUGUUCAAACUUGUAAUGCAGGAUUCAAUGACAAGUUCACUCAGCAAUGCCAGAAAGAAGAAAAUUCUCAGAGCAGAGCUUGCAAUGAUUUUGUAGAAGGGUGCUUCUGCCCAGAGGGAAUGACUUUAUUCAGUUCAACUUCUGACAUCUGCGUCUCCAUCUGUUGCGCUGGACCUGAUGGCGCACCUAAACAGCUUGGUGACACCUGGAAGAGUGGCUGUCAGCAGUGUGUUUGUGACAAGGACACUUUUGGUGUUCGGUGUGAGCCUCUAACGUGCCCUACUCAGAAACCAGUAAUGUGCACCAAAGAAGGUGAGGUGCUGGUGAACAGAACAGUGGACUGCUGCGAGACACAGAUAUGUGAAUGUGUUAAGAGCACUUGUCCAUUGCAAUCAAUGAAGUGUGACGUGGGAUUUGAUUUGAAGGUUGAGCUCUCAGAUGAUAAAUGUUGCCCUGUUUACAGCUGUGUGCCCAAAGAUGUCUGUGUCUUCAAUAAUACUGAGUACAUGCCUGGUUCGAAUUUCUUCAAAAGCCCGUGUGAACCUUGCCGCUGCACUGAAACCAAGAGCUCCAGCACGAGGCUGAACAACAUUAAGUGUGAUGUAACACCGUGUUCAAAAAUGUGUAACAAGGGCUAUGUGUAUGAGGACAAGCCUGGAUCAUGUUGUGGAUCAUGUGUACCAACGAGCUGUAUUGUAGAUGUCCCAGGAUUUUCUUCUCCAGUAAUUAUAGAACCUUCUAAGACUUGGUCACCACCAGGUGAUAACUGUAUAAAUUAUCAUUGCCAGAAAGUGAAAGAUGACUUUUUAGUCUCUAUAAACAAAGCAACUUGUCCUCCAUUUGAUCCUGAAAAUUGUGUUCCAGGAACUGAGCAAACUGACGCAGAUGGUUGCUGCACAACUUGCACACCUCGUCAGAGCUGUAAAAUCCACAGGAACACCACCUAUCUGUACACAAAGAACUGCAGAUCAGUUAACCAAGUGGAACUCACAUCAUGUGAGGGAUCCUGUGGAGCGUCCUACUCAAUGUACUCAGCAGAGGCCAAUAACAUGAUGCAUUCAUGCACCUGCUGUCAAGAAAUGCAGACCAGCAAGAAGAAAGUGACUGUGCAGUGCUCUGAUCAUACUACAAAAGAGUACACCUACAUUUCAGUUGACAAGUGUGGCUGCAAAGUUGCUGAAUGCAAAGAGCUGUCUGAAGAUUGAUCUAAAAAAAAAUGGAAAUCUAAGCCAGAAAGUCUAUAUUUCAACUCUUUCUCUUAAAAGAUAUCUAACCAUCUUUGAAACAGCAGAUAUGUUCUGCUCUGAAAUUCCCUGCAUCUUCUUAAGAUGUCUCUUUAUAACUUUCUCAUGCACUCUUUUGGAGGUGGGUCAAAAUAAUGUAUUUGUGAGGUGCCCGUCAUUCCUUUACAAACUUUAUAAUGUGGUGUUUCAGCCUUUGAGGGUGUUUAUCCUCCAUAUAUAUUCAGAAAUUCAGAUAUACCAGAAAUUGCAGCAAUACAGUCAUGUUCCUUUGAUAUAGGAAAAUAGUUUUGUAUAAGAAAAGGGAAACAUUUGAAUUAUAAAAUACAGUUGACCAUUAUUUCUAACAACACAGAUAUAUAACAAUACAUUUAAUUAUUAUUAAAAUAAGAGUCAAAAGAAUGUCAAAAAUAUCUUUGUUCAAUAUCUGAUAUUUCAAACUGCUUCCUUCUGUUU